UAUACAUUUUGAGUUAAAUUUGUCACCGUGACAUAGUCUCAAAUUUAUUGUUUAUUUUUUUUCUGUGAGCAGCGAAUAUAGAAUUAAAAAAAAAAUGUUUGGUCAACCAGUGGAGAUUUGUGGUUAUCAAUUCCUUUUUAGGGAAACGGGAUACUACAUCACCCGGAGAGAACAAUUUGAACAUGCAUUACAAUCUUUUGAUAUUGCCGUUGAAAAAACGCCCGAAGAUCGUAGGGCUUUAAUGGGAAGAUCAAUAGCUAGAGCAAAAGCUGUACAAUAUGAAGGGGCAAUGGCAGAUAUUAAUAAAGCAUUAACACUGUUCCCAGACGAUCUUGUUUUAUUAGCAUUAAAAGCUCUCAAUACUUAUUUAAGUUGUGAUUUUGAAGAGGCUUUAGUUCAAAACUUAAGAUGUUUGCCUUUAAGAAAAAAGCCGGAUAAUUUUUAUAUGGGAGUCAUGCACUGUACACAAGCUAUUGAAAAUGGAAUUGGUGAAUUUGCCGGACGCCCAUUACGAGAUCACUUCAAAAUAAUAAGAAAAUUAGCUUGGAAGAAAGCUUUUGAAGCAGAAAAUCCCGUGAAAUACGUGGCGAGAAAUAAAAAGAAAAAGAAAAAGCCGAAAGAAGAUAAAGGCAAAAAGCAAGUUUUAGAACCAUUGGCUCUUAUAAAAUACUUGCAAUCGAAAAAAACAAGAAAAGAGGUGCAUUACCAAUGCGGAGAAGAACCAGAGGGAUACGAAGUAGAAAUUCGAGACAGCUUAAGAAGUCAUCGAGCUGAAGAUGAAUUUAUCCCAAAAGGACCACGAUUUCCUUACAGACCACUUCAACGGUACACCAGUAACAUAGAAAAUUUUAUGGCUGAAAAGUACCUGAAUUCAAUGUACUUAGAUAAAAUUUUUUUAAAAACUCUCAAAGAUAACCCAGGAGUAUCAAGUCCAAACAGAGACGGUUAUAAACACAUCCUACAAUUAGCCAAAGACGGUUACAAAAUGUUAUCGUACAAACAAGAAUUGUUACGAACCCGAAGACCAUUCUAUUUCAUCAAAUUCGCAGAAACUUUACUUUCGAAGCGCCUUUUGGAACGUUUGGAAGCCGAAAAACAAUAUAUACGAGAAAGAACCGAAACUAAAGCCGAUUACUUAUUAAACAAAAUGAAAACUCACAUCAAUAAACGCGAAACGAAAUUCGCCCUUGAUACCGCUGAAAAAAUUAAAGCAUUUUGCGAGGAAAAACCGAGAAAAUAUCUCCCCGCCAAAGACAGUAUUUUAGAGGAGGUGUGUGUUCUCGUUGGAAACGCUUAUUUGGAUAUGAAGAGGUUGAAUCUUAAUCAAUCCGAUGCAGAUCAAAUAAAAAGAAUUAAUAACAUGUUGGGAUUACCGAUUAGUAGGGAACCAUCUCAAGAUUCAAUUUUAAAACAAUUUAAGGGUGUAUUUAUUGAUUGGAGAAAACAAAUUACAAUAGCUGAAGUUCGCCUCCUUAACUCAACAUCUCAAUUAGAAGUAGCUUGGUUAUAUCAUGAUCUAGCAAAAUAUCACGCAGAGCUAAAAUUAUUUGAAUUAGCAAGAGUUUACGCUAGAAAAUGUAUCGUCGAAGCCAAACUAAGCGAAAACAUUCCGUGGAUUAUCAACGCUAAAAUGAUCAUAGCCAAGAUUAAUAUGUGCCAACAUAAUAGAACUGAUGCGCGAACAGAAGUGAACGCAGCUCUCGAAUUAUCCAAGCAACUCGACAACGACCAAUUAACUCAAUAUAUAGAAAGAACAUUAGGAGUUGUUGAAACAACCGAAUUUGAAGACAUAUUCGGAAUGAAACUGGUGGAACAAAGAGAGAACCAAAUCUUGACGAUGAUGGCUGCAUCCGGAAUGAAAGAUGAAGUCGCUCAUCUCUUCCGACAAAUGGCUGUUAUGCCAGCUUCCAGAAGAAUGUCGGUUAUGCCUGGAGUUAGAUUUACCGACACCAAAAAGGUGAAUAAGAACAAGAAAAUGAGCAUUUUACCCCAACAAAAGACAUCAGACGAUGAUUUUCCAAUGAGGAAAGGAAAAGGUGAAAAGAAAGAAAAUAAAGUCGGAUUUAUAGAAAUGCUUCAAGAUUAAUUAUUACAAUUUAUUUGUAUAAAAGAUUAAAAUAAAUAAAUUUUUGUCUUGAUUCA